CUGGGGAGGCGGUAGUGGCGCUGCGGCGGGGGUGCGGCCGGGGCCGGAGCCCUGCCCGCGGCCCGGCGGCGGGGUGGGCGGGCGAGCAGCGGGCGAGGCCGCGCCUGUAUGCGCGGCUCAGCCCCGGCAUAGCCCGGGGCUGCGGGUGCCGGCCGCGCCAUUGUUGGGGGAGGGGGUGACUGCUGAACGCGGCGGAGUCGGGGGGCGACCGCUGGCGGCGGCGACAGCGAGAAGUGGAGGCGCCCCAUGGGGAACACGCUGACCUGUUGCGUGUCCCCCAAUGCCAGCCCCAAGCUGGGCCGGCGCUCGGGGCCGGCGGAGCCAGACUACGAGUCUGAGGGCUACGAGGCGGCGGCCGGGGAGGCGGUGGCAGCAGCGCCGGCGGCCGCAGAGCCCGCGGAGUUGGAUUUCGGAGCCGGCGAGGGCCAUCACCUGCAGCACAUCAGCGACCGCGAGAUGCCCGAAGACUUAGCUUUGGAAUCAAACCCUUCUGACCAUCCAAGGGCAAGCACAAUUUUCCUGAGCAAAUCUCAAACUGAUGUGCGAGAAAAGAGGAAGAGCAACCAUUUAAACCAUGUAUCUCCAGGGCAGCUUACUAAAAAGUAUAGCUCAUGCUCAACAAUAUUUCUAGAUGACAGCACAGUCAGCCAGCCUAAUCUUAGAACCACAAUAAAAUGUGUGACCUUAGCAAUAUAUUACCACAUAAAGAACAGAGAUGCAGAUAGAUCCUUGGAUAUUUUUGAUGAGAGAUCACAUCCACUCACACGAGAAAAGGUUCCAGAGGAAUACUUUAAGCAUGACCCUGAGCACAAAUUUAUUUACAGAUUUGUUCGUACUCUUUUUAGUGCUGCACAGCUGACAGCUGAAUGUGCAAUAGUAACUUUGGUUUACUUAGAAAGGCUUUUAACUUAUGCUGAGAUCGACAUUUGUCCCACUAACUGGAAAAGAAUUGUUUUGGGAGCCAUUCUUCUUGCCUCCAAGGUUUGGGAUGAUCAGGCUGUAUGGAAUGUGGACUACUGCCAGAUCCUCAAGGACAUUACAGUUGAGGACAUGAAUGAGAUGGAAAGGCAAUUUUUGGAGCUACUUCAGUUUAAUAUUAAUGUUCCCGCCAGUGUUUAUGCCAAAUACUACUUUGACCUUCGCUCCUUAGCAGAUGAUAACAACCUGAAUUUUCUAUUUGCUCCUCUUAGCAAAGAAAGAGCACAGAACCUAGAGGCCAUUUCCAGAUUGUGUGAAGACAAAUACAAAGAGUUGUGUAGAGCUGCUAUGAGAAGGUCUUUCAGCGCUGAAAACGUCAUUGGUGUUCGGCGCUCUAAUGCCAUCCUCUCUUAAGGGAGAAGGGGUUGUAACGUCUCAAACCCCUCAUCUACAAGACUGGAGAAAUGUCACCUCUCCUGCUCAAAAACCAGCAAAAAUAGUAUUUUCACCUAAAAGAAAGACCUCGAAUUCAAGAGACUGUUGGACAGGAAGCACUGUGCUCACAGGAAAGAAUGGGACCUUGUCAAUGCAACACACUCUUCUGUCCUUUUUAAUGUAAACAGAGUUAUAAAAACCACUCCAGAGUGAUAGCUCCCAACACACACACAGAUAUUUGCUUACUAUGUAGGCUGAUAACUGUGAACCAUAUGAGGUUUUUUUUAAUUAAUAGUUUAAAUUUUUAGACUUUGAAAACACUAACUAUAUAACUUCUAUGUUUUUCCUAUUUUUCUUGCCCCUGUUCAUUUCUAUUUUCCUAUUUUAUUUGCCCCACCCCAGUAUUGCUGCAUAUUCCUAUAGAAUCAAUAUGCAGUAUUACCAUUAAAAACAUGGGACUCCUAAUAACUCAUGAAGCCACUUAGGAACAGACAGUAGCAUUGUUAGGAAUUGAAGAGUUUUUCCUCCCUAUUAUAUCAUCAAAGCUGCCAGUCAUUAUUAGCAAUCAGUUUAAACCAAAAAGCUGCUGAAUAAACACUUGUCAUUCAGAUUC